GCGGCCCCGGCCCGCUUCCCCGUCCGGUCCCCGAGAUGCUACUGCUGGUGGCUGCCUUCCUUGUGGCCUUCGUGCUGCUGCUCUACAUGGUGUCCCCGCUCAUCAGCCCCAAGCCCCUCGCGCUGCCUGGGGCGCAUGUGGUGGUGACCGGAGGCUCCAGUGGCAUUGGAAAGUGUGUUGCUAUUGAGUGCUAUAAGCAAGGAGCAUUCAUCACUCUGGUUGCUCGAAAUGAGGAUAAGCUGCUGCAGGCCAAGAAGGAGAUUGAAAAGCACUCUAUUAAUGACAAACAGGUCGUGCUUUGUAUAUCUGUUGAUGUCUCUCAAGACUAUAACAAAGUUGAGAACGUCAUCAAACAAGCUCAGGAGAAACUGGGUCCAGUGGACAUGCUUGUAAACUGUGCGGGAAUGUCACUUUCAGGAAAGUUUGAAGAGCUGGAAGUUAGCACUUUUGAAAGACUAAUGAGCAUCAACUACCUGGGCAGUGUCUACCCCAGCCGCGCAGUGAUCGCCACCAUGAAGGAGCGCCGCGUGGGCAGGAUAGUCUUCGUUUCCUCCCAGGCUGGACAGCUGGGCCUGUUUGGCUUCACCGCCUACUCCUCAUCCAAGUUUGCCUUGAGGGGCUUGGCCGAAGCUCUGCAGAUGGAGGUGAAGCCAUACAAUGUCUAUGUGACCGUGGCCUACCCACCAGACACAGACACCCCCGGGCUUGCAGUGGAGAACAAAACAAAGCCUUUGGAGACUCGACUGAUUUCAGAGACCACGUCUGUCUGCAAACCGGAGCAGGUGGCCAAACAAAUCGUUAAAGACGCCAUACAAGGAAAUUUUAACAGUUCCAUUGGCUCCGACGGCUACAUGCUCUCAUCUCUGACCUCUGGGAUGGCUCCAGUGACGUCCAUCACUGAAGGACUCCAGCAGGUGGUGACCAUGGGCCUUUUCCGCACUAUUGCUCUGUUUUACCUCGGAAGCUUCGACAGCAUAGUCCGUCGCUGUAUGAUGCAGAGAGCAAAGUCUGAAGUCACAGACAAAACCGCCUGA